AUGUCACUUGUAUUCACUCGACAACUACACUAUAAGAGACUACCCAACUACAAUGGCUGGUGGACACAGAUAUUGAAGCAAGCGACAAAUCCAAUAGAGCAAUCCAUGCAGGAACCAAGUACAACCAGGCGAAAAGUGCCAUUACCUAUACCCUUUGCUGAAGUGAUUGAACCUACACAACCGAUCAUCACCAAUAUAAAGAAACCCAAAGUGUUUGUUCAUCUACAUGGGACGCCAAUUGAACUUCCUGAGAAGCCCGAACCCCCUGAAAAUUGUUGCAUGAGUGGCUGCGCUCAUUGUGUGUGGGAUAUGUAUCAGGAAGACAUGGAGGAAUAUGCAAAGAGGAAAAAAGAGAUCAAGAAUCAGUUUUUGGAUGCUAGAGAGCCGUUACCUAGAGAAUUAGAUCCUUCAAACAAUGUAGACGAUGCUGUAGAGGAGAUGGAUCCAUCGAUGAAAGCGUUUCUGGAGAUGGAGAGGAAACUUAAUAGUAAAUAA